AUUUUACAAACUUCGUCUAUUAAAACGCAUGAUACGAUAUAUGAAAUUGAAAUAGAUUAAAAUUUAUUAAAAAUGAAGACGAUUUUUGCAUAUUGUUUGAAAUGGUCAAAAAAUUGCCUUCGAAUAACUGUUCCUCGUUAUUUCCAUACUGCUAAAUCAUCUGUUCUAUUCAUGAAUACAAAUAUGGGAAAAAGUAAUUUGAAUGAUUACAUUGUUUGGUUAGAUAUGGAAAUGAGUGGCCUUGAUGUAAAUACAUCUAAAAUCUUGGAAAUAGCAUGCUUAGUCACUAAUAAAGAUUUAAAAGUUGUAAGCAGGGAUUUAAACAUUAUUAUACAUCAGCCAGAUGAAAUAUUAAACAAUAUGAAUGACUGGUGCUUGGCAACUCAUCAAAAAACAGGAUUAAUCAAUGAGUCCCGUUUAAGUAGAACUACAGUAGAAAAUGCUGAACAGAUUGUACUAAAGUAUUUAAAAACAUAUAUUGAAGAAGAAGCAACAUGCCCACUAGCAGGAAGCUCAGUUUAUGUAGAUCGCAUGUUUUUGUAUAAAUAUAUGCCAUUAGUUAAUAAUUAUUUACAUUAUAGAAUUAUUGAUACUUCUACUAUUAAAGAAUUAAUUAAGAGAUGGAAUAUAAAUGUACCUACCUUUAAAAAAGAUCAUGUUCAUAGAGCAUUGCCUGAUGUAAAAGAAAGUAUAAGAGAAUUACAAUAUUAUAAAGAUCAUAUAUUCAAUCUAUGAUAUAUUAGAAGUUAAUAUGAUCAUGAAUUUUAUUUUACAAAAGUAACAAUCAAUAAUAUCAAAAUAAUAAACAAACAGUACAAUUUGAUAAUAAUUAACAAAUGUCAAAGAUAAUAGAAAACUGUGUAUUGCAACGUAAAAUAUUUUAAUUACCAAGGUUAAUGCUUGGAUUUAAUUAUUUAAAUACACAUUUAACAGUUUAAUAAACAUUGUGUAAUAUGUUAAUGCCAA